CAGUGAUUUUCACAAUGGCCGCUAGCAGUGGCGGAGUUGAAUGGUCUUCAGUGUUAAAACCGUUUUUAUCUUUGCAUUAUGAGACUUCAAAUCGUACAGAAGUGAUUGAAUUAUGUUCAACAAUAAUCAAAUGUGAAGCUGAAAUUCUACGCCACAAAGAGAAUAAUAAGAAGUUUUAUGACAAUUUUGUUGUACUGUCAGCCGAUUACAUUAGCUCGUGUACCAACAAAUUGCCCGUGAGUCAAAUAGACACAGUGAGUGCCGCAUGUCGUGUGUUGCUCAAGUAUUUAAUAAAUUGCCUUCAAUCGUUUGCCAGUGAUUCGUCUCAGAACAGUGCUCAAAUUGAGAUUUAUUUAAAUGCAGUGCGAGUAUUGUGUAUAGGAACUAGUCAGUUGUCAACGGCUGAAGUUUCAGUCCUCGUCAAUACCAUGAAAGGUGAAAAUUUGCCUCCUAAUACAACACCACCUGGUGGUGAAAAAGAUGUGCAAAAUAAACAAGAAUCACCCAAGAGUCGUACUGAUCUUUCUAUGGAUAUAUUUGAGCAAUUGACGCUACCUUUGAGAGAUGGGACUUUAGAUAUUGGAGGUUCAACAACAAAUCUUAAUGAUAUACCAUCAGGGAGUGAUCCAGUCUCGGAAAUUAACAAACUUUUUUUGAAAACAAACACCGAAAAUUUGCAAUCGUUACGAGCAGGUGAUACUUUAGUUGAUUUGUGUCUUAAUCUUCAAUCGAUUAAGAAAGCACGUACUAAAGUCGAAGAAGCUCUCGCUGGUAAACCCUUUUCCAUUCCGACAAACCAAUCAGAAGCUAAUGUUUUGAAAAAUUCCGUUUCGAUGAACAUUUCCGAAAUAAAAUUGGCAUUUUCUGCUAUAAAUCUUCCCGUUUUGGAGCCUCUCACUCCGAGUAAACUCGAUAAAUUAUCAACAUUAAGCAUGGCUAUAUUACAUUGUGCUGUAAGUCAAGCAUCAGCGAGUGCUGUUUUAUCAACAUCAUCGAUUAUUUCACCAAAAUGUUCCUCACAACAACAAAAUCUCAAAGAGGAUGAUUAUGAAAUGCAAGCUGUGACACUAGUCGAAGAAGCUUUAAAUAUGUAUUCAUACAUUGGUACUACGAUUAAAAAUUCAACACGAGCCGGUGGUCACGUGUAUCAAAAUCAUUUAUUAGCCGGUGCUUGGGUUUUAAUCUCUGGUCUUCAAGCCCAUUUAACAGCGAGUACGGCACUGGAAAAAUCAUCACAUGUGCGUGAACGUGAAGAGAAAGGGCGAAGUCCAUGUAAAUCGCGCGAUUGUAGUACCACAGCCAGAUCCGGAUUACAAAAAUUUCAACAAAGUUUCGGUGUUUUAUCAGUAGCAAUAGCCACGAAAGCGCUAUCACUCUUGACUGAAUUGUUUGAUGAUUUGCAUUUGGAGGCUUGUGGGGGUGCAGGGAGUAUUGGUCAGAUUGAACCAGCCCCUUUGGCUAUCAUGGGUCAAUUUACAGCACUUCAAAGAGUUGCAAGAGUUUUAAGUGCGGCCCCAUUGAAUAAUUUUCUUUUUUAUUUGGCUAUUGUGAGUUAUGGUAAAGCUUGUACGUUGAAACGUUUAGAUCCACCAGAGGGCGAUACAUUUAGUCAAUCCGAUUCGACCACUUACUAUGAAGAUAUGAUUUUAGUAUCGGAUGAAAGUUCGAUUGAUGAAGAAGAUGAAGAUAGUGAACCGAUUUUGGGUCAAUGGUUUGAAGAGACAUUAGCACCACCUGAAACAAGUGAACCUAAAACACCUUCAACUUCUGAUAAUGUUGAAACUAAAUCAGUUGUUGCUGAAAAUUCAUCGAUAAUACCUGAAAAGGGAGAAGCACACGGCUAUAUCACACUUGCGACUAAUAUUUUUAUAUUUUUGAAUAAACAUUUUUUGUGUACGAAAAGUGCAUAUGUGGCAAGAUACGUCAAAAAUGGUCUUACUGAACAACAAAUGAUUAUUCUAGCUGCGAUUAUACGUGAUUUGGAUAGGGAAACAUCAAGGACUGAAGUUGGGACUAUUUCUGCGUAUUUUGGUGCCACUUUGGGUCAAUUGUAUUGUGAAUUUUCGGCUGCUUUAACGAAAUUCACUCAUAAUUUGGUUACGAAUAAUAAUUUGAGUUCGUUGCAAGCUUGUCUUUUGAAUCAUUUGGGUGUUUCACCAUGGAAUACGGAUGUUCCACAUGGAUGGCCGUUGCAAGUUUAUCCAAGAACUUUAUCAGUUUUGGCUCAAGUGUUGCUUUUAAGACCGCAAAAUGAGAAAGAAGCUUCAGUAAUAAGUAUUUGGCACAGAUUAGUUAAUACUUUAUUUGAGAAUGUUUUGAAUACAACACAGAAUUCAGAUGAAGAUUUGAAUGUAGAACAUGCACAAGUGUUGCUUUAUUUGUUUCAUUCAUUGAAUUUGAUGCAGAAAAAAUCGGUAUUGUUAUCACUAGCUGGUGGUGUUUUACGUUGUUCUGAAGUUGCAAGAGGUUCAUUGAAAGAUUCACAAUUAUUACAUUUAUCAAGAUUAUUACUAUUGUUUGAUUAUAUUAUGAAACAUCUUUAUGAUGCACCGACUUCACUUUUAGAACAGAUUCAAUGGAAUUUGUUUUAUUCAACAAAUUUAAAUUCAGACAAAGAUAAAGAAAACAUCAAUCGCAAGUACACAUCGUGGCAAGAUAUUGAAGAUAAUUAUCGUAAAAUUUCAACAAUGAGUGAAUUUUCCAUGAAACCACGUUUCUAUGUUUUAACAUCGUUGGAAAUCAAUAAUCAAGACUCUCCAAAACUUGACGGUUUAGCUUGCAAUUUCAUUUUGGGAACUCCGGACAAACUUCGUUAUCCUUUACUUUUGGAUGCUCUUAUUGAAAUCCUCAAUGUAACUCAUAUUACUUCUGGUUCUCAAUCUUCAAAAAUGACUUUUCUUGGUUUAUGUUCAACACAAUAUUGUUUCACUAUAUGUUGGAGACUUUUACAAUUAUUACCACCAUCUGUUUCCUAUAUGGAACGUUUAGCUUCAGUUGAGAAUCUUGCUCCUGGACCUUUAAUGUUACAUUCAUUGAUUUGGGGACCAAGAUCGGCUCAUAAAAAUUUCAAUCGAUGGUUAAAAGAUUGUCUAGUCAAACAAGGAUUGUAUACACAAAAUACGGAUAAAUUGUUAAAAGCCGUUUCCGAUAGUGUGAAUAAUUUAAAAUAUGAUGUGAAUAAUGCGAAAAGUUGUAUCAUUGCGUUAACACCAGAUGUGAAGAAAGGUGUCGUACUUAAAGAAAAUUUACCACCAUUAUGGCAUUUGUGUCUAUUGGAUUGUCUUUUGGGAAAAGUUCAAGUCGGAUUAGAGGAAGCAGAAACGGAAGAAUUGACUUCAACACAUGUCCAGGAUUUGUUUCCACAUGUUUUGAAAUUGACUCAAACGAUUUUACAUUGUGCCAGGUGGUCGAUUUUUCAUACAAUUAUCGAACAGAAUGAAGGUAAAACGACACAAAACUUUGAAAAUUUACAAGAUGUUUUAGCGAUUGCAUCAAGUCGAAAUGCCUUAACUAAUACAUUAUCAUCGGAAUUGAUUUCAUUAUUACCAUCGACUGUUUCAACAGUACAACAACAAUGGAACAAUUCAACUUUGGAAGAUUUCUCACCGUCGGCUUAUCAAGGUGAUAUAAUACCAUCAGAAAGUUAUAUUCUUAAAAUUGUUGAAACUCACAUUUCGACAUUGUCUAUGAAUAGUCCAUUCACGAUAAAUUUAUCGUUACGUCGUUUUUUACAAAGCUACAUCAAAUUUAUUUGUGACCAUGCACCGAAAAUCGAAAAUACCGAUACGAAGAAUAAAGCUGUAGAAAUGUUAGUGAGUAUAACACUUGAUUCACGCACCGAAUAUUUGCACGAUACCGUUUCGAAAACAUUGGAUAAAAUGAUUGGUGAUACGGAAACAGAUGAACAUCAAAAACGUGUCUAUAUGCAAGUUUUGUAUCACACUUAUCGUCUAAUCAUCAAUUAUAAUGGAGAAAAUAAUGAAAAUUUGAAUGAACAAGUUUUGCAUAAUUGUUUGAAAUUCUACGAAAAGAUUUUGGAAAAAUCAUCAGGUCGACAAGCAUUAGAGAGUUUCUUUAGUAGUGAUAAAGAUCUAGUUAAGGUACUAAUGUCGGUUUCGAGUCCACAAAUGUCACAACAGUACAGUACACGUGUAUUACAAUUUUUCAACAAAUUAUUUCAAGCAGCUGAAAAAAGUUCAACCGAUCCCAGUUUGAAUUAUUUGUGUAGUAGUAUGAAUAAAUUGGCUAAUGUUGAAGUUGAUAAAUUACAAACUUGGUUACGACAAAUUAUAAUUGGACCACCACCAUCAACGACAGUCACCAUAAGUGGUCAAAGUUCAAAGGAUAAUAAAUGGAAGAUUCAAGUUGAAACUAGUGAAGAACAAAAAUCACUAAUACAAGAAAAUAGUCAAUUGUUACAAGCAUUAACAUCGUUUAUUGUUAAACAAAAUAGUAAUGUUUCUGAAGAGGUUGCUUUGAUUAUAUUGAAAGCUUUGAUACCAUUGGGUGGUUAUAUUUUGUCGCCUCAAAUUGGUGGUGUGGGAUUUACCGAUUUGAUGAUUGUUAUGACAAUGUUGGCGGAUGCUGGUAGUGGUAAAGGUCAUGGUUUUUUGUUUCCGGCAACUUCUGAUUGGAUUGAAUUGUGUAAUAAAAAUUUCGAUGAUAAAAAUCAAGUGAUGCUUGAUGCUGGUUGUUGCAUUCUUGAUUAUAUAAGUGAUGUGGUUAAUGGAAUUGUAAAUCAGAAUAAUUUUCGACCAUUAAGUCCACCUUGGGAAGGUGAAACACCUCUUGAUUUUGAUUCCGAAUGGCAAGAUGAUAAUAACGAUGAAGAAGAUAGUGGAGAGGAUUCCGAUGAGGAUUCUUUGAGUAAUAAAUUGUGCACUUUUACCGUCACUCAGAAGGAAUUUAUGAAUCAACAUUGGUACCAUUGUCACACUUGUCGAAUGUUGGAUGGUGUUGGUGUUUGUUCAGUAUGUGCACGAGUCUGUCAUAAAGGUCACGAUUUGAGUUAUGCCAAAUAUGGUAAUUUUUUCUGCGAUUGUGGUGCCAAAGAAGAUAAUACAUGUCAAGCAUUAGUCAAACGAUCACAAACAAAUGAUAAUCAAGCAACAACAAUCAAUCAAAAUGAAAAUUUCUCAUCUGAACAAUUAACAAGUUCAUUACGUAGACGAGCCUCAAGUCCCAUUCUUGAUAAAAUCAAGUAUAGAGAACGAAAAAAUGUAAAACAAUUACAAAGUAGUAAAGAUUUGCUUGUGAAUUAUCUCGGUUCGAGUGGCGUUACACGAAAUUUGAUUGAUUUAAUGAGCUGUUUGAUGGAAUCAGUGGAGAAAACAUGUGGAGAAAAUUCACCAGUUGGUUGUUACUCUCGUGCAAUGCAAGCUUUACAUUUAUUACACACUGGUGAGAAGAAAUACGUACAUACUGAUCAAUUAAUGUUGGGUAGUAUUGGGACACAAGAAGGUGCUUUUGAAAAUGUAAGAAUGAGUUAUGCUGGUGAACAAGGACAAACAAUUCGACAAUUACUCUCAGCACAUAUUAUACGAAGAGUUGCAAUGUGUUGUAUGACAUCAAUGCAUGGUAGAAGACAACAUUUGGCUGUUUCGCAUGAAAAAGGAAAAAUAACAGUAUUGCAAUUAUCGUCAUUGUUUAAACAAAAUGAUUCAGUAAGGAAAUUGUCUUUGUCGAAAUUGGGUUCAGCACCGAUUCCAUUUACUGUUCUUUCAAUGACGAGUAAUUUAUGUAAUGAGGAUUUUUUGGCUGUUUGUGGAUUGAAAGAUUGUCAUGUUUUAACAUUUACUUCGAGUGGUUCAGUUUCGGAUCAUUUAGUUUUGCAUCCACAAUUAGAAACUGGUAAUUUUAUAAUCAAAGCGAUUUGGUUACCAGGAUCUCAGACACAAUUAGCAUUAGUUACAGCUGAUUUUGUCAAGAUUUAUGAUUUAGGUAAAGACGCUUUAAGUCCUCAAUAUUAUUUCUUGGUGCCUAGUGGAAAAAUUCGUGAUUGUACAUUUAUGUACGAUGAUGGGACUUAUCAUAUUUUAUUAAUGUCAUCACCUGGACAUAUUUAUACCGAAAUUUUAAAUGAAGAUAGUUCAGCAAAACAUGGUUCAUUUUACGUUACAAAUACUCUUGAAGUGUUUCAUUUAGAUGUGACUGAUGUGAAUGGUCAAGUAGCCGGUGGUGGUGUUUCUAUUUAUUAUUCACACACUUUGGGUCUUUUGUUUUAUAGUUAUGUUCAAGGUCGUAGUUUUAUCUCACCAAUAACACCGAAAAAUAAUUGUUUGACUGUUAUUUUCUCGAUAAGUUUACCACCAACGACAAGUUCAAAUACGAAAAGUAACGGUUCAAGAAAUUCACCACAACCUUUAUGUCAAUGGACUGAAAUACCGAAUCAUCCAGGUCUUAUUUGUUGUGCAAUGCAAUCAACUAAUAAUCCUGUUGUUUUAAUGAUUAAACCUGAUACGAUUUUGAUUCAAGAAGUGAAAACUGUACCACCGAAAACAAAAAUUAUGGAUAUGGUUGCAAUUCGACAUUAUUCAACAAAUAAUGAAGCAAAAACAACACUUAUGUUAUUGUGUGAAGAUGGUAGUUUGAAAAUGACUGUUGCUAAUAUGGAACAAACUGGUUUUUGGAUGUCACCAAAUAUUCAACCAAUGAUAACUAAUACGAAUCUUAAACCGAAAAAGAAGAAAAUUGUUAAAUCUGGUGGCAAAAAUACGAAUAGUGUUUCGUUUCCUGUUGAUUUUUUCGAACAUUGUCAAUUAUUGAACGAUGUUGAGAUUGGUGGUAAUGAUCUAUUACAAAUUUACAAUGUUGCACAAUUGAAACAUCGUCUCAACGCCACUGGAUUAUACGUUGCAUGUAAUAAACCGCUCGGUUUUACUGUCGAAAUUACUAAUCCUGAUUCGAAUAUGGUCAUGGUUGGAAUUCGUGUCCUUGUCGGAAGUCAAGACGUACAAAAAGCUCCAUCUUUUGUUGAAGUUUUUGGCCGUAUUAUUUCAUUAACGGUUAGUCGAAGUCGUUGGUUUGAUAUUCCAUUUUCAAGAGAGGAAAGUCUACAAGCCGAUAAGAAAUUAACAAUUAUGUUUGGACCAUCACAAGAUCCUGAAACACUCACAAUGGUUGAUAGCAUCAAAGUUUAUGGCAAGACAAAAGACUCAUUUGGAUGGCCAGAAGAAACAGAAGAAAGUGUCGCCACAGCAAGUGGAACCAAUCAAGUGAUGAGUAUUAGCAAUGAUCAAGAAACGCAACAAACGAACGCAACACCACUCACCAAGCUGGAAAAGUUAGUUGUUGGUAUUUUGGAGGCGCUGGACGGUUCGUUUUCCUUACAUCCGAUCGAAGAUAAGUAUAAACAACCGACAUUGAAAUUAGCAACUCAAUUAUUAACAUUACCAACACCACCUCUAAUUCAAAUCCAUUCGAAAGCUCUUUUAUCGUCGUUGCAUUCAUCGCGUCAACUUUAUCACAAUUAUAAAGAUCAAGCAUUACUUCAGCAUGUUUUGUCCAGUCUUAAUUCAAUGACCGAAUCUGAUACGAAAGAAAUUGAUGCUGAAAGUUUUUAUCGUUUGAUUUUGAUUGUGCGUGGAAUAGCUGUUUCACGUCCUCAAAAUCUAGUAAAAUUCAGUGAUUCACAUACCUGUAUACAAGAUAUUGUACUUGAUGAUCCACUCGAUCCAAAACCGACAACAUCCAAGCAACAACAACAACAACAACAAAAAUCACAACAUUUACUAUUGAAAUUGAUGGAUGUACUUUGGAUUUUGCAUUCUUUAAUGCCGGAAAAUCCAAAUUUGGCUCCGGUUGUUGUACCCGGAUUAAAACAUACGGAACAAGUGAUUCAUGCAUUGGUUGAAAUUGUGCACGCUUUCAACAGUUGUGAUACUUAUAGUAAUAUAACAAUGGCUGUUUAUUUACAAUUGUUAUUGUGUAAAGAUCUAGCGAUUGCAUUUAGUGCAAAACAAGCGUUGAGUAAAGUUUUAAAACCGAAAAUGAAACGUCGUAGAGUAUUUAUACCGAGUCCACCUCAUUGUUCAACACCACCACCAGUUGUUGUUGGUAAAACAGAUACCGAUAAAAAUAAUCAAUACGAUGAAGCAAUUGCUUUAGUACAAAAUCAAGAUGUUAAUGCAUUGGAAGCGCUACUAGGUGGUGCUAGUUAUCAACCAUUGCUUGAUAUACCACCUGAUGCUGAUGAUGAAACAAUGGUAGAAUUAGCUAUAGCUUUGAGUUUACAAGAACACGAUCAAGUGACACAAGGAGGAGGCGGAGGAGGAGGUGGUGGUGGUGGUGGUGGUGUUGGACAACAACCUCAAAAUCAAGAAGGUGGUCAUUUUAGUGAUACUACAGCAAGUGCUGCUGGUUCUGAUGAUGAGGGAAGUACAGCAGCAACUGAUGGUUCAACUUUGAGGACUUCCCCGGCCGAACAAGGUGGAAGUGCUGCCGGUUCAGAAAGUGGUGGAAGUGGAGUUGAAAGUAUCACCGGUGAACAUAAUGUCUCUGGACGAAGUUCUGCAUACGGUGAUAAUCAAGAAGCACCAAGAAAUGAUUCGAUUAUUGUGACCAAUCAAAAUGAGAAUUUACCAGAUAUUGAUGAGAGUGAUUCAGAAAAUAGUAGUCGAUUACAUGUUUUAAGAUUGCAAUUGUUGGAACGUCUAACUGAAUAUUUACCAAAAUUGAGGAAUGUUGAUGGUGUAAGAGCGAUACCAUUUUUACAAGUCAUUUUACAAUUAACAACAGAUCUUGAUGGUCAUUCUGAGAGAGAUAGAGCAUGUUUUAAUUCAUUGUUGUCAGCAAUUUUGAUUGAAUUACAAUUGAGAACGCCGAAUAUUGAUGAUAUUUGUGCAAGAACGAAUCAGAAAGAGGUUCAAUUGGUUUUGAUGAAACUUUUAAGUGUUUUCAUGGGUCGUUGUAAAAGUUCCACAACAGGAGGAGGACCAUCAACAAGUAAACAAACUGUCGAUAAUUCAACUUUUGUUUCACGAACCACAGCUACUGUAUUACACAAAGCUUAUAUCAUAAGUUAUUGUAAUAGUUUAUUGGAGGCGCUUUUAUCGUAUUGGACAAGUCAAAAACCUGAAGAAAAUAAAAAUAGUGUUACUGGUAAUUUACUAAGGGAACAUUUAACAAGACCACCCCCCGAUAUGACUCCAUUUUUUAUGAAACAAUUUGUUAAAGAAAACGGUCCUGAUAUCUUUUCAACUUAUCCGGAAAUUUUAACCGAAAUGGCAUUACGACUUCCAUAUCAAGUACAUAAAUAUUCCGAAAUUGUUGAACCGAUAAAUGUUGCAUUUGCCGAUUCAUGGUAUCAAUAUUUAUGUGAAUAUAUGAUGACAUCACAAGCACCACAAGUCAGACGUCAAGUACGUAAACUUUUAUUAUUUAUUUGUGGUAAUAAGGAGAAAUAUCGUUAUCAUCGUGAUAUUCACGCACUCAAUAAACAUCUUAAAGGUGUGAUUGAAUGUUGUGUGAGAGGUGGCUAUGAAUCGGUACAAGAAAUUCAACAUUCACUAUCACUCACUUAUGAUAUUUUGGUUGAUUUGGUUGAACAUUUGAAAAGUUGUGUUGAAAUUGCGAUGAAUCGAACUGGAAAUUGGCAACGAUUUUGCAUUCAACAGGAUACAAUUAUUCCAUUUUUGAUUCAAAUGAGUUGUUUGUUGGAUGAAGGUGUCGCUCCGACUAUUCUUCAUUUGUUACAAUGUGCCAUAGCUGCAAAUGGAAUGAUGAAUAAGAAAUCAGAGAAAAGUACAUCGAGGAAAGAGAGAGAAAAAUCGGAUGAUUCAGCUGCUGAAGCAUUAUUUGAAGAAGGAAAUUGUGUGAUUUUAGUCGAACAAAUUAAUAAACAAGUUUCACGUGAGGUUUUUGCACGAUUUGUGAAAACAUUUAUGUUGGAAACGAAUACGACAAGUGUACGUUGGCAAGCACAUACUUUGAUAUUGGCCGUUUAUAAAAACUCGAAACCAAACGAACAAGAAUUACUAUUGGAAUUGUUGUGGAAUUUGUGGCCUUUGAUACCGAAUUACGGACGUAAAGCGUCACAAUUUGUUGACUUGUUGGGCUAUUUCUCGUUGAAGUUUUUCCAAACAAACUUUGUAUUGCCUCAAGUGACUGAAUAUGUUGAGAAAGCCGUUGGGAUUUUUACAUCACAGAAUGAACUUUUGGCACAUCAUCCUAAUGCGAAUUUGUAUGCACAUAUGAGUCAAUUUGUUGAACUUGAUGGUUAUUAUCUUGAAUCGGAACCUUGUCUUGUGUGUAAUAAUCCGGAAGUGUCAUUUACGACGAUUAAACUCAGUUCGUUGAAAGUCGAUUCAAAGUUUACAACAACCACACAAAUUGUGAAACUUUUAAGUAGUCAUACAAUCAGUAAAAUUACUGUACGAAUUGGAGAUUUAAAACGUAGUAAAAUGGUACGAACCAUUAAUAUUUACUAUAAUAAUCGUAGUGUGCAAGCUGUUGUUGAAUUGAAAAAUAAACCGGCUUUAUGGCACAAAGCAAAAAAAGUGACUGUACAAUCUGGUCAAACUGAAGUAAAAAUUGAAUUUCCAUUACCAAUCGUUGCUUGUAAUUUAAUGAUCGAGUAUGCUGAUUUUUAUGAAAACAUUCAAGCAUCAAGUGAAACACUUCAAUGUCCACGAUGUAGUGCUGCUGUUCCAGCAAAUCCAGGUGUUUGUGCAAAUUGUGGUGAAAAUGUAUUUCAAUGUCAUAAAUGUCGUGCAAUUAAUUACGAUGAAAAAGAUCCAUUCCUAUGUCAUGCUUGUGGUUUUUGUAAAUAUGCAAAAUUUGAUUUUACACUAUUAGCAAAACCAUGUUGUGCAAUUGAUCCAAUUGAAACAGAUGACGAUCGUAAGAAAACUGUUGCCAACAUAAAUUCAUUAUUGGAGAAAGCUGAUCGUGUUUAUAAACAAUUAAUUGCGAAUAAACCGAAUUUAGAAGCGUUAGUUUUGAAAAUAACUGAACAUCGAUCAGAACGAAAAUCAGAUGAAAAUAGUGGUGGUAGUUCAGCGGUACCAACCGGUGCACAAUUUAAAGUUAAUAAAACGAUACAAAUGUUGGCACAACAAUAUUGCAAUGAGUGUAAGACUUCAUUUGAAGAAUUGAGUAAAAUAAUACAAAGAGUUUUGGUUUCACGGAAAGAAUUAGUGGCCUAUGAUCGUAAACAUCGUGAUGUUGAUUAUCCAAAACCGAGUUUGUUGUUAAAACCUGGAGAUUCUUUUACAACAAAUACACGAUGUUAUGGUUGUGCAAGUGCAGCAACUGAACAUUGUCUUACAUUAUUACGAGCAUUGGCUUCAAAUCCCACCACACGUCAAAUUCUAUGUUCGAAAGGUUUAAUUCAAGAAUUAGUGUGGAAUAAUUUGCGUAAAGGUAGUAUUCAAAUACAGGAAGAAGUGAAACAAUUAUUGUGUGUUUUAACACGUGAUAAUCCGGAAGCGACUGAAGAACUAUGUAAUUUAUUAAUGGAUCGAAUAACGUCGAGUCUUAGUGGUCAUGUCACUACUGAUUUUGGUACAAGUGUACGUCAUGAGAUUUCAUUAUUAGCACUAAUGGUACAAAAAGAAGAUGAAUGUUGGGAGUUGAAAUUGCGAUGUAUGAUGCGAUUAUUUUUGAAAGCUUGUGAGGAUUCAAAAAGUCCAUUAGUAAUGGAAUCUGUCAUUUUACCAUGUUUGAAAAUUUUGCAAAGUUUGAUGAAAGGUCCUGAAGGAAAGAAAAAAGGAAAUUUAUCAGGAACUACAGUUGAUGUAUACAAGUUUUUAGAAAAACAAUCUGGACAUACUUUUGCUGAUUGGAAGGCGAUUUUUGUACAAAUAAAUGAUACGAUUAAAGAAUUACCAUCGACGAAACAACAAGUUCACGAUUACUAUUUGACAGAAAAGUAUUUUAAAAAGUGGAGAAGUAAUGUGAAAAAAAUGGAUCGUUUAGAAUUGGACGAUUCAACUUGGCUUAAAUCGGUUUUGUUCAAUACUAGUUCACGAUUGGCUCGUCAAGUAGCUUGUAGUAUCGUUGAAUUGAUGUGUAACAGUUUCGAACGUAAAAAGGAAAUUUUGAUUCUUUUGACUUGUUUUCUCGAAGAAUUGGGUAAUGCCGGUGAGAAUUCAGCUGAAUUCUUGAAUUUGUAUCAAAGUCUAAUACAAGAGUCACCGUGGAAGCAAUUUUUGACGAUUCAAGGUGUUUUAAUUGUUUUGGCCGAUUUAAUAACAAUGGAAAUUGAACAAUUACAUUAUUUGGAAGCAACAACAUUAACUUCAGAUUUGGCACAAGGUUACGCUUUAAAUCAACUAACUGAAUUAUUAGCGUCGUUUUUGGAUGAUUCAGCCAUUAGAAGACAGUACAAGGGACGUUUAGUUGGGGCUGUUUUAAAUGGAUAUUUAUCAUUGAGACGACUUGUUGUACAAAGGACACGUUUAAUCGACGAUACACAAGAGAAAUUGUUGGAAUUGUUAGAGGAGAUGACUACAGGAACUGAAGAAGAAACUAAAGCUUUUAUGGCUGUUUGUAUUGAAACUGUUGAGAGACACAAUGUUCAUGAUAUUUUAACACCGGUGUUUAUUUUCGAAAGAUUGUGUUCGAUUAUUUAUCCAGAAGAGAAUGAUGUCGAUGAGUUUUUCCUCACGUUGGAGAAAGAUCCCCAACAGGAGGAUUUUCUUCAAGGAAGAAUGUUGGGAAAUCCGUAUUCGAGUUCUGAGAUCGGUUUAGGGCCUUUAAUGCGUGACGUUAAAAAUAAAAUUUGUCAAGAUUGUGAAUUGGUUGCCUUAUUAGAGGACGAUAACGGAAUGGAAUUACUUGUCAAUAAUAAAAUUAUUAGUUUGGAUUUACCGGUCAAGGAUGUUUUUAAAAAGAUUUGGCUUGCUGAAGGUGGAGAUCAUGACGCGAUGCGUGUUGUAUAUCGUAUGCGUGGUCUUUUGGGAGAUGCAACCGAAGAAUUUGUCGAAACUUUGAGUAAUAAAUCACAAAGUACGGUCGAUAACGAACAAGUUUAUAAAAUGGCAAAUGUUCUUGCUGAUUGUGGUGGUUUAAAAGUGAUGGUUAAGAGAUUAGGAGCGAUACAGAAUGUACGAAGGGCUAAACCGUUGCUUCAAGUUAUUUUGAAACUGUUUCGAUUAAGUAUCAAAGUUGUUAAAUGUCAAGAAGUGCUGAUACAACCCGAAUUGGGAGCAAUGGAAGUGUUUUUGAGGACGCUUCAAUUGUGUUUAGAUGGUGAACCAGAUACGAGUCAAGCUGCUGUUACUGAACAACUUUUAGAUAUAAUGGAAACUGUGCUUUCGAAAGCGACUUCUCAAUCUUUGGAGAUGUUUGAGGAGUUUUCGCAGACUUUCGGUGGGCCCGAAUACGUUCGUUCUUUAUUAAAAUGUACAAAUCAUCCAAGUGUACGAAAUAAUCAAUCAGUUUUGAUUCAUUUGACUCGAGUUUUGGCCGCUUUGGUUUACGGUAAUCGAGAUAAAAUGCAAAUUUUGAUGGAUUAUUUUAAACCAGUGCUUGAUUUAAACAAAUACGACUAUGAACACACAUCUGAAGAUCAACAAAAAUUGGAAAUGUUGUGCGUUUUAACAAACGGAAUUGAGCGCAAUUCUAUUGGAAACACAUUAAAGGAUUACAUAAUUUCAUUGGGAAUCGUUAAGGAUUAUUUGGAAUAUAUUACAAUGCAUGCACCUUGUGUCAAACCAACACUAUUAAGAACAGAUAGUGAUGAAUUGAAAGAUUUUAUUUCUAAGCCGGCAUUGAAAUACUGUUUAAGAUUUUUGACCGGUUUAGCACACAGUCAUGAAAACACUCAAUUGGCUGUAGCUGAAGCUGAAACAAUUCCUAUAAUCCAUCGAUUAGAACAAGUUUCAUCUGAUGAACAUGUCGGUUCAUUGGCGGAGAAUCUACUCGAAGCUUUAUGUACGAAUCCAACAGUAGCGAAACAAAUCGAACAAGUGCGUGAAUUUACACGAUCAGAGAAAAAACGUCUUGCAAUGGCUAUGCGUGAAAAACAAUUAGGUCAAUUGGGAAUGCGAACGAAUGAUAAAGGUCAAGUUACAGCAAAAUCAGCGAUUUUACAACAAAUUGAAGAGUUAGGUGAAGAGACUGGUCUAGUUUGUUGUAUCUGUCGUGAAGGUUAUAAAUAUCAACCGACUAAAGUUUUGGGUAUUUAUACGUUUACUAAACGUUGUAAUGUGGAUGAGUUUGAGGCAAAGUCACGUCGAACUGCUGGUUAUACAACUGUUAGUCAUUUUAAUAUUGUUCAUAUUGAUUGUCAUAUGAGUGCUGUGAGGUUGGCAAGAGCGAGAGAUGAAUGGGAAUCGGCUGCACUUCAAAAUGCCAAUACUAAAUGUAAUGGUUUGUUGCCAUUAUGGGGGCCACAAGUACCCGAAUCGGCUUUUGCUAGUUGUCUUGCAAGACACAAUACUUAUCUACAGGAGAGUACGAAUCAUCGUGAUAUUGGUCAUAAUUCGACUAUACACGAUUUGAAAUUGUUAUUGUGGCGAUUUGCACAAGAAAAAUCGUUUCAUGAAGAUACAGGAGGGGGAGGACCUCAAAGUAAUAUGCAUAUGGUGCCCUAUAUAGUACAUAUAGCCCUCUACGUGAUAAAUACGACUAGAGUGAGUAAGCGUGAAGAGGGAAGUCUAAUGAAUUAUAUAAAGUGUACAAAUAUGGAGAAAUGGAUCGAGUCGGCUUAUGAAGCUGAAAGUCCACUUUAUUGGGCCACUAUGUCUAUAUUAUUGCAUUCACCUCAACAAUGGAAUACACAUAAAUUGAGUCAUUUGAAACGUUUGGUUAUUUUGGGGCAAACUAGACAUUGUCAUCCGUCCGGUCCAAAUAAAAUCUUGACUGAUCGAAGUGUGAAAGAUUACACUGUUUAUAAACCGUAUUUGGUGUUUUUUGGUUUGAUUGAUGGAAUUUAUAAUUAUUUCUUCAAGAAUGUCGCUGGGUCUGAAGAACAAUGGUCGACGAAUUUGGCCGAUUAUAUACGACAUAAUGAUGAAGCGUUGAUGAAAGCAUCUGAAAAAUUAUUAGCAUCGUAUACCGAUGAGUUAUUACCUUGCACUUCCUUUACUGAAUUCUGUGAUGUUACAGGUUUAUUGGAUGUUAUAACGAGUCCUGACACCUAUAUAAGUGAUCUUCUAAAGGAGCUAUCUUAAUUUAAAACAAAUAAAUAACGAGUUUUAAAAUAUAAAAAGGGCUGUAUUUAUUUCAAGCUGUAUGCUUAUAUCUAGUGUUAAUUUUUUCGUUUUUUUUCCUUAAUUAUUGCUUAUGAAUGGAAUUUUAGAUUAACUAAAUUAUUGUACCUUUCAUUUAAAAUGAUAUAUAAUAAAAUAAAUAGUGAA